AUGCCUGGGAAACGGAGGUUGAUGGGGUUCAGACGGCGGCACCCAGAAAUCUCCCUGAGAUCACCCGACAGCCUAGACCGGGCGAGAGCAGCCAUGAGUAACGCUAAGAUCGUUGGCGACCACUUCUUAAAAGUAGGGGAACUUUUGGAGGAGAACAACUUGCAAAACAGGCCCCAUCAGAUCUAUAAUGCCGAUGAGACGGGCAUGGCCCUGGACGCCAAGAAAUCAAGAGUUAUUGUGCCAACAGCGUCGAAGAGAGCGCCCUCCAUAAGAUCAGGAGGGCGUGACCACAUCUCAGUCAUGUCUUGCGUGAGCGCUGCAGGAGGGGUGGUUCCCCCAAUGAUCGUGUUCAACAAGGCCCUGCCGUCUGGUAAGUUUUCUGAUGGAGGACCCCCAGGUGCGCUGUACGCAUCGUCUGAGUCAGGCUACAUCAACAAAGAGUUGUUUGAGCAGUGGUACUUCAAGAUUUUCUUACCCCAUUGCCACAAGGAGAGGCCAAUUCUACUUGUGCUCGACCAACACGGUAGCCACCUCUCCCUGAAGGUGUUGAUGUCGGCCAUGGAGGAAAAGAUCGUAAUCUAUGGGCUCCCUCCCCAUACCUCCCACUUUACGCAGCCGCUAGAUGUGACCGUGUUCAGUGUGCUGAAGACAAAGUGGGCUACAACCCUAGAGGCACUACAGGCCGUCGACUCCAGGUUUCAGGCAAGAAAGACGACGUUUCCAAGGAUCUUUGCCUCAGUGCAAGACCAGGUAUUCAACGCGGACAAGAUCAAAGCGGGUUUCAAGAAAACGGGAAUAUUCCCGUUCAACGAGGACGCCAUUGACAGCGUAUGGACCGACAUGUCAACCUCAGAAGGCCCUUCAGCGCAAGAGGGAUCUUCAGGGGAGUCAGGAGAGCUGUCCAGUGCUGAAAGGAGCAACAGUGAAACUUGUCCCACUUGUGGCCAUGCACCAAAUCCACUGGUAGGGACACUUGUCCCCGAGCAUCUACAAGACAUCCUCAGGCCGGUGAACAGCACAACUGCCAAGCAGACCCGGAGGCGCAAACUGUCAGCACGCGUUAUGACUCACGAGGAUAUCGUGGAAGAGUUACGGAAGAAGGAGGAAGACGAGAGGACCAAGAAGGCCAAAGCUGAGGAAAGAAAGAAGAAGGCAGAACUAACGCGACUGCAAAAAGAAGCCAAGGCAAAACAGAGAGAAGACAAGAAGAGAAAGAGGGAAAUGGAAAACGGAGAUGAAGAGAAAGAGAAGGAGUUGGGAAAAGAGGAGGAAGAAAAAGAGGAGGAAGAGAAGGAAAUGGAUGCGCAAAAAGAGGAAGAAAAAGAGCAGAGCGUGGAAUGCCAGCGUGACGGCUCAAAGCGUCGCCGAGUCAAAAAAAGGGAUUCGCGUUACGAUUAUGACUAUUAG